UCUUUAUAAAAAAAAGGGAUUUUUAUUUUUCAAUUUCAAUUUUCACGUUUCAGCUUGUUUUGCCUUUCGCUUCCAGCUUCCUUGAUCAGCAAUCCCAAGAGAGGCUAAUUUAAUUCUGGUUAGUUCAACUGCUUCAAUGCCUUCUGCAACGUCACCCCGGUGGCAAGAGAAGGCUAGUGGUUUCUUUUCUACCUCAGGGGUGAAGCUUAAAGAAGCUGGACAAUCUGCUGGAACAUUUGUUGAAGAGGUCACUAAGGAUGCAAAAGUUAAUGUAACUGAUAUGGCAGAACGUGUAGGGUCAAUGUUCAAAAGUCGGUGGGCGCUUCUUCAAGAACCAUCGACAAGACAUGCUGUCCAGGAACGCCUUAUAACUGCUGCUGCUACGACCGGGACAUUGUUUAGGAAGGGCUUAUUAGAGACAAAAGACAAGGUUUCUGUUGGGAAGAUAAAAGUUGAAGAGGUGGCAAAGAAGACUGCCCAAAAGAGCAAAACUAUUUUGAGUGACAUUGAAAGAUGGCAGAAGGGUGUUGCAAGCACUGAUGUUUUUGGAGUUCCAAUUGAAGUUACUGUGCAACGGCAACAAUCUAGCAGGCCCAUUCCUCAUAUUUUGGUCAAAUGUGCAGAUUAUCUCAUAUUAUCAGGACUAAACACACCAUAUCUAUUUAAAGGGGAGGGAGAUAAAAAAGUCAUUCAACAAUUGGUUUCACUGUACAACCAAGAUUCAAAUGCAUCAUUACCAGAGGGAAUAAAUCCAAUUGACGUAGCAGCUCUAAUCAAAUGUUACCUAGCUACCCUUCCCGAGCCACUAACCACAUUUGAGCUUUAUAAUGAGAUCAAAGGUGCUCGUUCCAGCAUACAUGCGAUGAGAAACAUGCUGAGGAGGCUUCCAACUGUAAACUACACGACCCUAGAAUUUAUUACUGCACUACUGCUCCGCGUAAGCCAGAAGUCGGUUCUUAACAAGAUGGACACACAAAGCCUUGCAAUGGAGAUGGCCCCUGUUCUAAUUUGGCAGAAGGGCAGGACACCAGACCUAUAUAGGAAAUAUUGGAGUGAACCAUCAAAAGGUCCUUCCAAGAAGAACUUGGAUCCAGAGCCAACUUAUAGUGCUUGGGAUAUGCUUUCUGAUGAAGACGAUGCUGUAGAUGAUUCCAUUCCCUUGGAUGAUGGCGUGCCCAUUGACUUCGGCGCUAUUGAGGUUGUCCAGUGCCUCAUGGGACAUCACAAUGCCAUUUUCACAGAUGCAAACGAAACAAUCUGGAGAUGACACAAAUUGCUUAUUUCCUCAUGCAGCAGGGGAUAAUUGAGUUGGACAGUCCCAACUGUUAAUGUUUCCAGAAUGAAAUCAGAUCUGGUUGAUGACGAUUACAAAGAUGUUAUGAUCUUUUCCAAUCCUGAGAAGGUUCAAACUUUAUUUCUAUUUGGAAUACGGUCAACCAUGAAUUGCUUGCUAGGGGAGAAGAAGCUAUUGUGUGCUUAGUGUGCAGCUGUUAAAAGCUUGGAUUUAAUACAAAUUGGACUUGUGAUUGGUUUUUGCAUUAUUUUUUACUUUAGGAGGUGUUAGUGCAUCACCAUUGGAGUAUGUUAAUU